AUGGGCAACCAUCCGUCGUCUGAGAAAUCCGGAAGGAUUCCUCAGAAGCUCCCCAAGUCCCAAGUUGCUGGGACGGACGCAAAACCAAAUGGCGCGAACCAUGCCUCCAACUCUUAUCUGGCCGACCCACCAAGAAAUCCGGAUCUGAGGUCAUCUAAACAGGCCAAGCCGAGACUCAAGGAUCAGCCAAAGCCCCAUGGCGGCCGAGAUGACGCGCCGGUGGACAAUGUCCGCAGACGAAGCGGCAUUGACCAACUCCCGGCGCUUCCUCAAGAUGGCGCUGUCAACCCGCAGAAGAUUGCUGGCUUGGGGAAUAACGACACGACAGAUGGGUCGAUGGCUAAUACCAGCAAUGUUCCCACAGUUAUUCGUGGGCAACAUCGGCCGCCGCGGGACCGAUCAGACCAAGCUUACGACCGGGACACUCUUGAAAAGUUGGCCGGAGGACACCAUAUACAGGGCACAUCGAGCACGCCAAUCAGUCGCACGCAAUCCGACGCUUCACUCUACAUCCCGAUCCGCCGGAGGUCCACCACCGAGACACCAGGUGUUGCAACCCGCCUAGAGUCUCCCGUCAAGGCUGCUCCGGCGAAAAAGAAGGACCCCCGAAGCAGCUUGCCUCCGGCCUUUUCUUCGUCUUUCAAUUUCGAAGAAUAUGCGAACCAGAUGAAGCGAAGACUGUCGACCCCAUCAUCGUUUACGGGACCGGAGAAUUCAGUUCUGGUAGAAACACCCUCUGAAAACGACUACAAGCAGCUUGGCGUAAUGAAGUUCGGAUCAUUAAGGAUCACAAAUGGCGGGCCAGCCUCGACUCCGGCCGGAGCCGUGAGCAAUUCAAGUACGUCAGAUGAUGAACAUGGCGAUUACUUUGAUCUACAGCACAGAGGACCUCGUGCGGGAGCUACGAACACAAAGACCGAAACACCAAAAGACGUCAGAAGAGAGGUGCCCGCGCAGCAUCAAGCAGCAACAACUGAAAGAGGGGGUUCUCAUAACGAUAAGAGUGCUUCCACCGGCCUUGACCCCCAGCGGGAUUCAAGUUCCUGGCCAAUGGUACCAGGAACAACUCAACCUGAUGGAAAAUCUGCGAGUUCCCCAAACAACUUAGGAUCACAUGCCAACAUGGCGACGAAAAGUGGCCAAACCACGACAGGGUCGACAAUGAACCGAUCGGACAGUGGUGUAUGCUUGAAACACUCACCUGUAAGACCCAAUGCACAACAUUCAGACAGCGGGUACAGCUCCAGCCUCUCCCUCCGAUCUAUUUUUGGUUCAAAGAAAAAGCGGGAGAUGGAGCAGAGAGCAGCCGAGAAGGAGAAGAUGGAGCAGAUACGUGCCCGGCGCGAAGAGCCAAAAUCCGCUCCUUUCAUGCAACAGGUUGCUCAUGGGGUGCGAUCGAACCAAACUCCUUCUGAGAAGCCAGCACAAGGGGUCGAACAGGCGCACCAUGAAAGUAUGAAAAGACACAAUUCCGAUUCCCAUCCACAAGGAACUGCUGCUGCAGCCGUCCUUUCUUCGAAAUUCUCAGCCUCACGAUCACGUUCAAGUUCUACCCGUUCCAGGGAGGCACACACACGAACAAGCAUCGAAGAGCCGCUUGCCAGGCGUUCUCAAGAGCUCUCGCGUUCGACUUCAAGAGGGAGGCUUAGGGCUGACUCUGGAAAUGCUAUCUCACAAGGACAUGGGAAGAGCCAGAGAGUGACACAGUCAAACCAGGCCCAUCCUAUUCCCACGACCUCACCCGAAAAGUCUCCAGCAAGGACCCGGUCUAAUUCUUCGCGCUCUGGAGAAAACGGAACUUCUAGAAAGAUGGAUGAAGGACCCGGGCUUUCAAAGCCAACCAAACUUGAGCGACUUUUCGGUAGCAGGCGGCGAAGCUUGCCUGAUGUGCACUCUACACAACUUCUGAAGAGCCCUCCUCCUCCCAUGCCCACCGAUGCGCAGGAGAAGCUUCGAGAGCAUGCAUCAAAUGUCUCAAGAAAGAGUCUUGAUCAAAAGCGCACCGCAGAGCCCGGGCAGAAGCAGUCGGGAGCGUCAAAACCCUCACAUCUUUCUCGCGCAGCUUCAAUGCUUGUUUCCAAAUCGAAGUCUAAAUCACCUGAAAAACACCGACUCUCGAAACACUUCGAAGAAGACGAGGGCAUAGAUUCUGAAUCCCUCAUUGGGUUUGAGGCCCAGGUUGCAAGUCUUGCUAGUAUUCGUAAGAGUGCUGGGAACAGCGCGUUUGACCAAGCUUUUGUUUCCAUGUCUAUCGAGUACGAAGGCUACGCCAGACUUGAGAGGAUCGGACCCUCUAAUAAUGCACCAGUUCCGAAACAUCCAAAGCAGCAGCCACGCCUCAGGACUAGAAGGUCUGCCCCCGAAUUCCUCGAAACCGUCAGGGAGUCUGGAAACUUCAAUGAUCUGGACAGUUCCCUGGAAAAUCUUCAAAGGGCGCCACCACCAGUUAGCCUUAAUACCAGAGGCAGCAAGAAAAAGAGGCGAUCAAAACACCAUUCCAGCGGUCGUUCCCAGAAUCUCGCGGGAGAAUCUGAGCAAGUGCCACCACUGCCCCCGGCUCCGUCGAAGCGCCAAGCGGGCGAUAAGUUUGACCCCCAUCGCCAAUAUCUAAGCCACUCCCUACGUACUAUCCCUAUUGCAUCUGCGGAGCACCACAGACGUGAAGAGAGUCCCAAAGAUCCCCGAGAAAGAUCUGCAUCAAGGCACAAGUCGAUGCCGCCUCACGGCUUCAGCCGUUCUGGUCGAUCGCGACCCUACUUCCCCAAGCCUGGCGUUGAUGGGCCGUCUCAUGUUUCUGGCCAGUGCGCAUCUGAGUCGAGCUUGAGCGAGAUUUCUCCGGGUCAACCGGGGGACAGCAGGCCAGAUGCACCUCCUUACCGAGUUUUGCAUAGCUAUAACUCACCAUCUUAUCGAGGCGUUCCAAUCUGGAGUUCUUAG